CAGUCAGAGAAAUUGACACAGAGAUGAUGGCUCAGUGGACUUAACCCGCGCCAUAUUGAUAUUUAUGUGAUUUUGUGUGUCCCAAGACAUUAUUCUUUUUGCAUCUCAAUUAAAUACCGCCAAAUGGAUCAUGUUUAGCUGAAUAAGGAGUGUACAGUGCAGUUGUCGUGGCAUUGUGGCACACGGGAGUGAUGGAGGAAGUUGUGUAAUUUACCCAGUAUUGCCCAGAAAACUGUGAUGACAAAAAAAAUAUGUUGCAGCAUUUGGAAUUUUGGAAAAAAUCAUCUCUUGCAAGUGGUUUUCUUCCAUCAAGUUCAUGAACUUUUGACACCUUGCUGAGGAUUUUUCUUUGCAUAUUAUUCCAUCAAGUGGAAGUCGGAGUGAAGAGCAAAGUAGCAAAUAGAGAGAGAGAGAGAAAGAAAGUAAGAUAAUGGCCAGUUCGGGACAUGCAGUUGUUGUCUGGGAAUAUGAAUCUCGUGGUGGACGAUGGCUACCCUACAGUCCGGCUGUAUCUCAGCAUUUGGAACGUGCACAUGCCAAAAAACUCACCAGGGUUCUCCUCAGUGAUGCCGAUCCCACCAUUGAUCAAUUCUACGUCAAUGUCCGGACGAUGACACAGUGUUCGGAGGACAUUGAUUUUCCCCUGAUCAAUGUCCGCAGGAAGUUCUACAAACCAUCAUCGCCAGCUGGUAAAGGUACCAAAUGGGAGUGGGCUGGAACGACCAGCUCAGACUGGCACAGCUACAACAUGGAAGUGCAGUGUGUGAUCGAAGAAGCGUGGGCGAAGGGCGAACAAACGUUGGAUUUGAGUAAAACUCACCUGGGACUCCCAAUUGUGAUUAAUUUCUGCAAUUUGACCCAAAUCCGUCAUCCAAAUGGACCAGUUAGGACAAUUCGUCGGAUUCAGCAGGCUCCAUAUCCCCUGGUCAAGGUUCCACCUGAAUCUUUGCCAGGCCUUCAAGUACAACCGAGACGGAGUCCUCCCUGUGGCCCUCAACAGCCUCCACUGCCAAUGAUACCACCGCAACAGCCUCGUCCUGGUCCCUCCUCAUCCACCCAACCCAUGCCCAUACCAUCCUCCUCAAAUGGCACUAAAUCUCGCCUCGUAAAAUCCUCAAAAUCAAAACCAGGUUCCAGCAGUGAAAGUGCCACGAAUCUCGCCAGGCAGAUACUCAAUAAUCUCAAUAUAUUCGGCACAAAGCCCGGUUCCUCAUCAUCAUCCCACCAAUCCUACCAACAACCUCAGCCCGUUCAUGAUGGCCAUCAACGCAGUGCCUCGAUGCAUAGAUCGCGUUCCCGCACCAGGGGCACUUCCCUCCUAGACACAGAUUCCAGUAGCACAAAGAGUGGUCGCCGGAGGCCAAGUGUCGACACGGUGUCGACCUAUCUGAGUCACGAGAGCAAUAAAAGUGAUCGCAGUCAGGUCAGUCAGACUUUAGGUUCGGUGUCUGACCUUCUGGACUGCUCCAUUGGCAGCGAUGAUGUCUUCACGAGCAACAAUCACAUUUCCGGAUCAAUUGUUGGCGUUGAUCCAGCCAGUGACAUGAUAUCGCGUUUUGUGCGUGUUGUAGAUCCUCCCAAAUGGCCCCAAGCCCAACCCUGUCCCAUGUGCAUGGAGGAACUCCGUCACAAUCCUCAAAAUCCUGCCAUAUCUCUCAUCAGAUGUCAGCAUUUAAUGCAUCUCGAAUGUCUCAAUGAGAUGAUCAUCAAUCAACAGAAAGAGAAUCAAUCUCAAGCCCUAUACAUAGAAUGUCCAGUCUGUGGGAUUGUUUAUGGAGAAAAGAUUGGCAAUCAACCAUCAGGGACAAUGUCAUGGAUAAUUAUCCCAAAGAGUUUGCCAGGACACGAUGGACAAAAUACCAUUCAAAUUGUUUACAACAUUGCUUCUGGAGUUCAGGGACCAGACCAUCCACAUCCUGGAAGAGCAUUCUUUGCAGUGGGCUUCCCUAGAACGUGCUACCUUCCAGAUUGUCCACUUGGAAGAAAGGUUCUUAGAUUCCUUAAAAUUGCUUUCGAUAGAAGACUUCUCUUCUCAAUUGGAAGAUCAGCCACAACUGGCCGAGAAGAUGUAGUUCUGUGGAACAGUGUUGACCACAAAACCCAGUACUCAAUGUAUCCCGAUCCAGGAUACCUUCAGCGAUGCAUGACACAAUUAAUACAUUUGGGCGUGACUGACUGAUGCCCAGUAUCAAUGUAAAAACAAAAAAAAACAUUCUGCAUAAAGCCUAGCUUUAAAUUAUGUUAUUCAUCAUAAUGUAUUCAGACACGUAUUUUUUUUUCCUUUGAAUAUUUUGCAAAAGACACUUUAAUUUUAGGAAUGACCAAAGUGCAAGUAUUUUCAAAUAAAACAAACAAAAAAAAAACUUUCUAUAUAGGGAAUCUCAUGCAAUUCUACGUAAAUUUAGUGCAGCUAAUUCAAUGGUAUUAUUGCAAUUUUAUUUUUGUAAGUUUAAGAAACAAAUUACGCACAAGAAAAAAUGUGUCAAAUUUAUGUGCCUUCCCAUAGAGAAUAAUUUUAUCAAGAUAAUAUAUUUCUUUUAAGAAAAGUUUAAACUACAAAUUUCAAUUUAGAUAAUUUAGAGGCAAGAAAAACUAUUUUUCAACACUAUUAUUUUUACAAAGUGCAAGACAAAGUCUGAUGAUGAGAAUUUCUCAUUAAGAUCUUCUAUAAAGAUAGUGUAAUCACAUUUUUUUUUCUUGUUGAUUUUCUCAACAUAAAACUGUGAACACUUUGCCCAUAUAACGGCGUUAUCACACUUGCACAUUAAAAUUUUAAUGUGAUUUACAUUAAUUGUCGCUUGUGAGCGUCCAAAUAUGUUAUUUGUGUCUUUGAGUCACUUAAUAUUUGGGGUUUUUCUAUUUAUUGAUAAAGAAGUGGACUUGGCCUGCAAAAAUAAGUUUAAAUUUACCUAAAGCAUAAAUAUUUUUCACAUUAAAAAAUUAAAGAGAAAAUCGCAUUAAUUUUUCGCAUUAAUGCUAUAAAUCAAUUUCUAUCAAAUUUUGCGGGCCAAGUCUACCUUUUUAUCAACAAAUAGAUCAAAUUUUGAAUAUAAAAUGAUUCAAACACACAAAUUACACAUUUGGACUCUCACCAGUGACAAUUAAUGUGAAUCAUAUUAAAAUUUUAAUGUGCAAGUGUGAUAACACGGUAAGACACUACAAAUAUUUUUGUAAUAAGUGUGCCAAUAAUAGAUUAGAUUAAUCAUUAAGACAAUUGCCAGAAUUAUAAUUUAAAAUUGAGAUAUAGAUAAAAAUGUGAUUUUGGAAACAAAUAUAAAAAAGGCAAAAAUGUAAAAAACUGAAUCUCAAAAAAAAUUGUCAAAACAAAUAAAGAAAAAACAACUUUA